CAUUUGAAGAUACCAUUGCAUAGGGCGUGGUCGGUCACUGCGGAUGUAGGGGUAUAUAAUCAUCAACGUGGCAUCUCACUCAAUAGGUAAACAAUAUAAGAUAAGAAAAAAAAAUGCAAAGGCAGAAAGCCAAUGGUGGAAGUGAAAAGGAGGGUCUUAGACCCUUAACUCCCAAGCAAUUUCACUAACCCUUUCCGGAAGAAAAAUGGUUAAGUAGAACACCGAUUCAGUCCUGUCUCCAUUCAAGGGACUUCUUUCUUCAAGUUGUUCAUCGGACAUCAACUCUUCAUCAUGCUGAGAUUCUUCGUACUCGCCUGCGCUUUGGGCGCCAUCCAGGCUAUGAUCAUACCGGAAGCGACCACUGAGUGUGGAAACCCAUAUUAUCCUCCAAAGGAUAUAUCAUCGCUUAUAGUAGGGGGUACAGUGGCUUCUCCACACAGCUGGCCUUGGCAGACACUGGUCCUUAAUAGGAAUGGGGCUCAUAUGUGUGGCGCCUCCAUUAUUGAUGAUCAAUGGAUCGUCUGCGCGGGACAUUGCUUUGGUAGAAGGCCUAAGCCGGCGGACUACUCGUUUGUAUUAGGAGCACACAACAAAUUAACGGACAGAGACUACACAGUCACUGCAGAGACCAUCAUCGUUCAUGAAGACUACUCGGGAACUAAAUUCACAAACGAUAUAGCACUCAUCAAGCUCAGCCAACCUAUCACCUUCAGUGAUACAAUCAGUCCAGCUUGCCUUGUUAACGAGAGACCCCAGGAUGGCAGUAUGGCCUAUGUCACUGGUUGGGGAACCACUAGUUCAGGCGGAAGCACUACCACGUUUCUUAAUCAGGUAGGAGUGCCGAUCGUCUCAGAUGCAGUUUGCACGGCUUCUUACGGGAGCGAGUUUUACCCGGCUGAGAUGGUGUGUGCUGGAUACCCAGAAGGAGGAAAGGAUUCGUGCCAGGGUGAUAGCGGCGGACCAAUGGUGGUGCAAAAUAGAGACGGUUAUUGGGAACUGGCUGGAGUCGUGAGCUGGGGAUAUGGAUGUGCCCAAGCGGGUAACUACGGGGUCUAUACCAAUGUCGUCAACUAUUUGGAUUGGAUUGCUGACACCAUGGCCUCUAAUUAAGGCGCUAUUGAAUAAUAAUCACAGUUCCUCCGGGUUAAUCGAGACUGAUUCAAGUGUACAGUAAAAAUAGAACUUUUUGGUAGAUCUUGAGAAUUAUUGAUGAUGUGGCCCUAAAGAUCCUAGUAAAAAUAUCCUACAAAACCUACACGUAGUACUGGUACGGUGUGUAGAACACGACCAAUUUGUGUUUAGCAAGGAUCGCAUCCUCAGUUGUUAACACUACCCCCAGAAAAGUGCUAAAUUAACCCAAGAAUAUGUUUAAUAGCACCUGGCAACGGGUGUAACUUGAUGUACCGGUAGUUCUCUGUAAGCACCGAUGGUGGGGUUUGAACACCGCUGACCCGGUCACUUACAGAGUAAUGAUCUAUCGUCUGCCUCGAUCGGUAGGAUGAUCGAACUCUUACGUCAAUAAAGCUAUCGAUAUCACGAAUAGUGAUGAUAUUCGGUUGUCAUCAUCAAGCUCUUGAUAUAGCAACUUGAAGGUAGAAAUCAAAAUUUAUAAUGGUCACAAAAUAACAACUAAUAUUAGGAUAUUGUAAAUGAGGGAAUCUGGUAUCUGGUUCCACCUCUACCGACGAGGUAGCGCUAAUUUUCAUGACAUUCCAAACUUGUCAGUCUUCAUUUCGCCAGCGGUAGAAGAGUAUAAAUGUAUGUUGAUGGGGGUACCUCCAUGCCACAAUGAUGGUGAGAGGGGGAAGGGAAACACACAUAACCGGCCGGGCUUAUAUGUCACGUCGGUGUAACUAUUAUGAAUCUCUGAAUAAAUUAUACUGAUGAAUUAUGACAGGUAAUAAAAUACUAGACGGAGGACAUUGCAUGCAACAAAAUUUUGUCUUGUAUAUCUUAUUAUACAAUGCGUCCAACAAAAAACGAAACCGAGAUUUAUCAUAACUCAAUCACAAAUACAAUAGAUAAAUGACCUACUAUUGUAAAGCUUAGAUCUGAAAUUACUUAGAUUAUUCCUCAUUCACGCAUGAGUGAGCAAAAAAAAAUUGAAGAAAGGAUACCAAAAACUCAUUUGGCGGGGGGUAUCUGAAUUUCAAAAAGAAAAUCACAUGCCUAAAAAGUUCAAUAUCUGCUCUUUUAUUUGAUACCUUAAUCACAGAAAAUGGUCAGGAAGUAAAAGAGUUCUGUUCCCUCGAACAAUGCUUGUAUUUCCAUAAUUUCAUUAAAUAAAUGUGUUUUCACCGUUUUCCCACAGAAGCUAUCGCACGGUUAACAAAAGACUUAAUGCAUGGCUGAUCGUCAACAAAACGGAGUGUCGAGUGACUCGGAACGCUAGCCUGUAAAACCUCUUCAUUUUAUGAAAUUAUCGAAAUUCAAGCUUUAUUUCAAAUAACCAGAACUUUGUUAUUUCUUGGCCAUUUUCUGUAAUUUAGGUAUCAAUUUAAAAGGCAGAUAUUGAACUUUUUUAAAAUGUGGUUUUCUUUAUGAAACCCAGAUACAUCCCGCCAAGUGACUUUUUGGUAUCCCCUCUUCAAAUUGUUUUUGCUCACUCAUGCGUGAAUGAAAAAAAAAUUAAGUAAUUUCAGAUGAAAAAGGGGAUUCUACGCUUUACAAUGGUAGGUCACUUGUCUAUUAUAUUUGUGAUUAAGUUAUAAAAAAUCAUCGAUAAAUCUCGGUUUCGUUUUUUCUGGGACGCACUGUAGAGUAAAUAUUAGCCUUAGAUAAUUACGAGUGUGUGUGUGUGUGUGUGUGUGUGUGAGAGAGAGAGAGAGAGAGUUAGAAUGAGUUCAUGGUGCAAAAGGGAAGAGAGACUCAAGGAUUGAAAUGUGUUUUUUGCUAAAUUGGAAGUUCACACUCAAAAUUAUUUGGUUUUAAUGAAAAUAUUGAUGAAUAUUUGAUGAAAAUCCAUCAAAAAAAUACGAAAGUUCUAUAUGAGAAAUUAAGGCAUUUAAUUUUGGACGUCAUACACGUAAAGCUACUCCAUAUGUCAUGUAUAUAAGUCCGUAAAUUCAUUUUUUUAACGGAACAUGAGGAUUAAUAAUAUUUUCUCAUGAAAGGGGUUAUGAAAAUAUGAUGUGGCUGAUGAUAUAUCCCGCGCACAUAAAAAAUCUUCUUCUUUUUUUUUUCCAGAAAAUUCAAUUUUGGGGGAAUUUAUAUCACGCAACAUACUGGAGGAGCUGCUCGUCUGUGACAUCACAAUACAUUUUUCAAAAAUUCACAACUCAGUCGUUUUUUUAUGGAUUUUCAUCAAACCAUUACCAAUAUUUUUCUUUAUUUUUAUUUUUUGAAAUCUAUUAAAAUGAAUUAUCGUCAGGAUGAACUUCCCUUUAACAG